AUGCCUCGGUACCCAACCGCUCUGUGGUACACAACCGCUCCUCGGUACACAACCAUGCCUCAGUACACAACAGCUCCUCGGUACCCACCUGCUCCUCGGUACCCACCUGCUCCUUGGCGGUUUACUUUGUGUGGAGCAAGUACAACCCGUGCCGAUUCUUUGUCCUCAGGUCAUGGGGGCGUCCCAGGGGACUUCGAACUAGAAGAUGCCCUGUACGACCUCAGCACCAAGCAACCCACUCCCAAGGGCCCCAGAAAGCCGGCAGGUGGGACAGGCUUUGAUUUGGCUGAUUACUUUGACACCCCUCUGGAGACCACCACCAAACCAGCCAAGCCGACUCCGAAGCCCUUCCCCAGGCCAGGGAAGCCAGACAACAGCUUUUGGGAUGUCAUCCGCACCACCACGACCAAGCAGCCAAAAACUACGAGGGCGCCCCCCAAGCAUAAGCCAGCAAAGGAUCCUAUGGAUUUUGACUUGGCUGAUGCCCUUGAUGAUAAGAAUGAUGGGAAAGAUGCUGGAAGGCCGGACAUAAGGCCAGGCGAAGCAUUUUCAGACGACGACCUGGCUGGCAUCGUGGACGGCGGCUACAGCCCGGACAAGAACAAAGGUGCCGGGGGCAGCACCGACAGCGACUACGGCGGAGAUGGGAUGGGAUGGACUGGGACGAUCGCCGGCAUCGCCAGCGCCCUGGCCAUGGCGCUCAUCGGGGCCGUCUCCAGCUACAUCUCCUACCAGCAGAAGAAGUUCUGCUUCAGCAUCCAGCAGGGACUUAACGCGGAAUAUGUGAAAGGCGAGAACAUGGAAGCUGUCGUAAGCGAGGAGCCCCAAGUUAAAUAUUCAGUACUGGAAACACAGUCAGCAGAACCACCAAAACAAGACAGCGCGAAGAUGUAAAGCGUGACCCGGGGCUAGAAAAGAAUCAGCAGCAACCGGAGAUCUUACAUGCUUGUAAUUUAGCUUUUUAUUUAAUUUGAGUCCAAAGCUAUUUAAUGUGUACUUUGGCUUUAGGGUUAGAGUGGUAGUAGGUGUUUAUUUUUUUGUAAAGAGGUAUAUGUUUACAUCUGGGUAAUAUUGUAGGUUUGAUGUCCAGUUGUAUGCGAACCAACAGGCGGUGCUUCAGUAGUGGUCAGUUCUCAGUUAAGGGACAAGGUCUUUCUCAAGGAGCAGAAGAGGAGCAAAGUGCCUGUAAAUAGCAACCCAAAGCAAACCAUUCAAAGCCCUUCGUUCAAGCACCUCCAGCCAACCUCUGCCAUCAGCUAUGGACACGUUGCUUCCAAUGGCGGUGAUGGAAACCGCACAUUUCCUGAGGGUAGAUGGUGGGGUUUAGUGUAGCUACGCCUAAAAAUAAAGUGCCUAUGGGUAGGGCCUCAGGUGGGGCCUCGGGCUGGGGCAGGUGACUCCCUGCUCCGAAGCCAGGAGCUGAGGAGGCUUCACCAC